AUGGAGGGAAGGGAAGGCAUUGCAGCGGCAGGUGGCCAUGAAUCCGGUCAUGGUCUAUUCCGAGCAGAUAUAUCCAUGACAGAGCCGCAGGAAGCAGCAAAUGGGUACCAGUCCUCUCCCUCCUCGCCGUCGACGUCCCCCACACCGUCCCCGCCACCGGCCGUGGCUGGCCAUGGAGGGGACGCCACUGCAACUCCACUUGCCUGGACCUGGAGCUUGGGUGGUGAGAAGCCGAGUGAGGCCACCGGGGACAAUGGCAUGCAGAUGGACGAGCAGAGUGAGCACGCCAACUUGAGCUCCGGGCGGCGCAGGGGCCGGCCGCGUGGUUCCGGGAGGCGCCAGAUCCUAGCCACUCUAGGGGAAUGGUACGCGCUGUCGGCUGGAGGGAGUUUCACACCUCAUGUCAUCAUCGUGGGUACUGGGGAGGAUGUGGCGGCGCGCAUAAUGUCGUUUUCUCAGAAGGGCCCCCGCUCAGUGUGCAUCCUCUCUGCCAAUGGGACAAUCUCCAAUGUAACAUUGAAGCAACCGGAUUCAUCUGGUAGCACCUUCACCUAUGAGGGCCGUUUUGAGAUUCUGCGAUUGAUGGGCUCUUUUACAAUGGCUGAGGAAGGUAGGAGGAGAACCGGUGGGCUCAGUGUCUCUCUUGCUGGUCCUGAUGGCCGCGUAGUUGGCGGUGUAGUGGCUCGGAUGCUGCAUGCUGCCAGUCCUAUACAGGUGAUUGUGGGGAGCUUCCUGCCAAACAGUCUGAAGCAGCAUCAGAAGAGGAUGAGCUUGCAGCAUCAACCAUAUGCUGCUCCAGCACUGCCCGCACCAAUGGUUCCCCCUCCGGUGCUCACAGCGGCAAUGCCCAUUUCUCAGGCAGCUCCUGGCAACGGCUGCCAUGCGCCACCAGUGUCCGCCGCACCUGAACAGGCUCAUGCCAGUGUGGAGCAGCACAAUGCAACUAGCGGCAUGAACUUGAACACCACCACAGACUUCACGAUGGUUGGCUGGCCUGUAACCGGAAGCUCACAGUCCAUGGCACACAGGCCUUCACCUGACAUCAACAUAUGCUUGACUCCUCAGGAGUAG